AUGGAGUAUCGUCUUACUCAGCGUUCUCUUGAAGAUCAUGAUUUUUAUGAAGGUUGCAGAGCAAUUCUCAUCGACAAGGACAGAAAUCCGAAGUGGAAGCCUGCAACCCUAGAAGAGGUUUCGGACUCACACAUUGAGCAAUAUUUCGCUCCACUAGGCCGCGAAGAUAUAUUCCUGGACAGUUCGACUUCAAAAAUAUAG